AUGUACAGAAUAGAUGUUUCAGAUUUUUAUGACUUCCAAGCAUUCAGAAAUAUGUGUCCAUUUCGAGACUAUAACAAAGCAGUCGAGAAUUUGAAACGUUUAGUCAUUUAUGUUGACUCUGCCCCAGAAUGUUAUGUCAUGAAAGAAUGGGAUGUUGUCUUUAACAAACCAAGAGCAACAAUAGUGUCUGAACAAGAAUGUAGACAGAAACUUAAGAAAAUAAAAGUUGUACAAGUUGGCAUGAAGAUGUUAGAUGCUUGGGAUAUCUUAUUGUCAAAGUUAGAAGAUUUUUCAGUUCGAGGUAUAAAGUUUUAUACACCUUCUCCAAACUUCUAUUCUAUCUUCACUGGAUAUAAAUAUGAACAAGUAGAAUGGAAAGAAAAUAUUAUAGAAGCUUGGUUAGACCAUGUCAAAGAAAUUAUAUGCAAUGGAAACGAAAGAGUCUAUGAGUAUAUCUUAUGUUGGUUUGCAAACAUCUUACAACAUCCAAGUGCUAAAAAUGAAACUGCUCUCAUUAUAAUUGGAAAACAAGGAACUGGUAAGAACACAUUCUUUACAGAUAUUUUGUGCAAACUGUUAGAGGGCUAUUCGAACCCGAAUAUGACAAACUUAGAAAACAUCUGCGGCAAGUUUAACUCCUCAAUAGAGAAUAUGAAACUUAUAGUAUGUAA